AUGCCUUCCAUUAUGAAGACCGCCAUUGUGGCAGGAUUGGCCGCCGUUGCCACCGCUCUCCCAUCGCAUCCUCGAUUCACCUCCAACCAGAUGAAGAUCCACGAGGUUAUGAAGCGCCAGUCGGCAGCAGAGCAGGCAUUGGGCAUCACAGAUCUCGACGUUCUGCAAUUCGCCCUAACAUUGGAGUGGCUCGAGACGAGUUUCUACCAGCAAGGUUUCGCCAAGUUCCCAGCGUCAGAUUUCACUGCUCUUGGCCUAAGCGAAUUGCAAGUAAACGACCUGCUCAACAUUGGCGCCUCUGAGGCAGCCCACGUUGAGUUGCUUCAGGGUGCCCUCGCACAGGCUGGCAUCCAGCCCGUCCAGCCCUGCACAUACAACUUCGAUGCCGCUUUUGCGGACGCCAAGGCCAUGGUCACUACUGCCGCAGUUCUCGAGCAGGUUGGUGUCUCCGCGUACCUCGGUGCCGCACCCAUCCUGUCCGAUUCGUCAAUUCUUGCCACCGCUGGCUCUAUCUUCUCCAUCGAGGCGCGUCACCAGACUUUCAUCCGUGCUGCCGCCGGCCUCGCUGCCGCCCCGAGCCCUUUUGACACCCCGCUGUCUCCCCAGCAGGUGUUCUCGCUCGCCGCGCCCUUCAUCUCCUCCUGCCCCGACGGCAGCAACCUAAUCCUGACUGCCUUCCCUACCCUGACGCAGACUUCACCAGCUGCCGAUGCCGCUGUCAAGAUUGGCGACACCUUGGUGCUAUCAUCCACUGCCGCAGCCGGUGCAACCUUCUGCGCAUUCACCGCUGGUGGCAUCCCAGGAGGCACUGCUUUCACCCCCUUCACCGAGGCCGCUGGAUGCCAGAUCCCUCAGAACCUUGCCGGCACCGUCUACGUCAACCUGGCCAGUGCUGGCCCCUUGGAUGGCAAGCUCACGGACAGCAUCAUCAUGGCUGGUCCCUUGGUGUUGGCCAUCUCGUAA